UGCUCUAAAUCGAAACCAGCGCUUACUUUGUUGAAUGCGUGAGAGAGUGCAGUGAGUACAUACAAAGAAGAGCACACGUUGUGAGAGCAAGUUGCUGAGCGUUGUAAAUCAAAUAUUUGUAACCGUGUUGGUGUCUCAUCUGAACGGUUUAACAUCGAUCUUUGAUAAGAUAACGACGCUUUGUUCCAAACGAUACCCUAAAUAUAUAGCCUUUAAUCCAGAUGAUUUUAUUUCCCCAAAAGUUAAACGUUGCCUUUAUAGCGUAGUUUAAAAUCAUGCGUAUAACUUUUAAAGUGUUUUUACGUAACUUCGGUUGGCUUACUUUGGUAGGAAUUUUUCUACUCUGGCCUGUUCAUGUUGAUGGUGCUGUAGUUGGUAUGGUUUAUAGUUACGAAGAAAAAAAAAACACACACACAAAGUGUAUGAACUUAAUUCUGUAUCUAAUCAUGGUUUCGAUCUAUUGCAUUUACGUAGUGAUUGGGGCACGUCCCUACCUGGAGAAGGUUGCAAAGCGCGUAGUGGAAAUAUUGGAAGGUAGAUACAUUUCUGGGAACUCACUACCUAUCGCAGAUUACGUUGCACCUAUUGAGAUCACCGACAAAGGGCUGUCCAUACAUGGCAAUGUAUCGUUUCACUCUGCCUUCCUCGCCAAGAUCGAUUCGAUCGAGUUUGAUGAGCAAAAGUUUUCGGAAAUAUUUCUCAACACGGAAGUAACAAUACAAGGGACUUUAAAGUGGCACGGCAUUGGCGUGGUACUGGACUUUCAGGCGUACUUAAAAGAGUAUCAAGGGACGGGCACACUGUACGUCACGUACAAUCAGUUUGAUUUCCCGUUGAAGGUAACGAAGUAUUUCAACUCCACCGAACCCACCGGCUCGCUACAGUUCAUGUCCAUUGAUAAUUCGAACAAAAUCGUCACUGUAGGUUAUCCCAACAACAAGUAUGUGCAGUUAAUCUCCAGAGCGAUAAUGACGAAUUUUGAGUUUCGCGACAACAUGAUAGCCUCAUUCAGGAAUUGGAAUUUUCAAAAUCUACUGAGAGCGGUCAUCGACGAAAUAACAUUUCCUGACGUUUGUUACAAUUGCUGAUUACGAAGGAAAGAUUCUUAGAAAACGAGACAAUCAUUUAGUGUUUCAAUAAAAAGGAGAAAAAAAUGCUAUUGC